ACUAUCACAAGAGCUGAGCUGUGCACCAGUGGAGGAUGGAGUUUCCACUGAGGACUAUGUUGCUUCUCUCUCUGGGGCCGCUGCUGGCUCGGGAAAUUGUACAAGGGAAGGAUAUAAAGCUGUAUCAGACGGCAGAUUUGGAGGUCGUCGAGGGAGACAGCGUCACACUCCAUUGUUGCUGGACAGCCGUCAACGAUCAACAGUAUAGAGCGGAUUGGUUGAAAAAUGAGGUUAGAAUUCUCUACCAACCGACAGCCGUGAGGUAUGACGGAGAGGGCUGUGGAUCGGCCCUGUCACCUGUGAACAACGGGGCCUGCGGCUGUGCCGCCCUGACCCUUCCCAACGUCACCCGCAACCACACUGGGCGCUACGUCUGCAAGGUGAACAAAGAGAGGCCCGUGUUUAUUCAGUCUUGGGGAAACGGCACGAUGAUCACCGUCACGGAACGACGGAGCCCCACCAACGGCACAACACAAGAAAACUCGACUAUAGACGUGUCACUGUGGCCCCCGGUCCCCGCCGUUGUUUCACUGGCUAUAGUAAUGGCCGCCGCGUUCCCCGUCACUCUGAUCUGUUUAUGGAAGCUGCAGAAGAGACGAGGGUUGGACCGAGCAGCAAGGGUGAUCUAUGAGGUUCCCCACGAGGACUCUGAGGUGGACGGAACCAGCACCAGCUCGUCCAAAGGGUCCUCCCAGUGGUGUCAGGUACCCGUGUAUGAGUCCUUCGACUACUUUGAGUGUGUGGUGGAAAGCAAGGGCGGUGGAUGAAGGAGUCUCAAUCUGUUGUUUCCCUUGUUGGUUUUGGAAAUAUCUCUGAUACGUUAUGUCAUCUUCUGUGUCCAUCCAUGUUGUUUUUAAACAAGCUAAUUGAAAGUCAUACAUUAACUGUGAAAUAGCUUAUUAGAUGUAAUUAAUGAUGAGUGAUGAUUGUAAGUAACUGUGAAUAAAGUAUUUAACAUAA